UUGCGGUUAAGCAAGUUUUAAGCAGAACGAGGAGUCCCAGGAAAAAGCCGUGUGUGUAUACGCACACACACGCCUAUACACACCGUCCCAACACAGAGACUUUGUUCUGACGGAGCGGCUCACACACCAAUAGCAGCGGCCCCGGGACGGGCGAUAAACAGGGAGGGACUUCCUUCAGGUCCGCUGCAGCGCCGUGACACGUAACUACAGCUAAAGGUGUCGUGCAAAGCUAAUAGGGGAAAGUAAACAGAGCUGUAUGGGAAAGUUGUUCUCCAUCCUGGACAUGGAUGUUCCACAACUAAGGAUCUGCUUCCAUCUGACCUUGGAAAUCCUGCUUUAAAUCCAAAUAAAUAUUUGAAUCUUGGAAUGUAAAAGCCUGUACAGAGAUUUUUUUUUUGGAGAAAGUUGUGCAAGUCUAUGUCCAGCGUAAAGAACAUGGGCAGUGGGGUUUGCUCCAGAAAGCAAAGGAAAAUCUUCCAGUCGUUGCUUGUCACUACUGUGGUUUUUGUCCUCAUUUAUGGAGCAAUGAUUUGGUAUGAAAUGCACCAGGAGCUGAAGAGGACCGAAGCUCUGGCUCUGAAAUACCAGCAGCACCAAGAGUCUCUCUCAGCCCAACUCCAAGUGGUGUAUGAGCAUCGGUCCAGGCUGGAGAAAUCACUACAGAAAGAGCGGCAAGAGCACAAAAAGUCCAAAGAAGAUCAUCUGGUUUAUAAACUGGAGGCGCAGCAGUCACUGAAUAAAGAGAAGCAAGAUGCCAACAGCAGGUUUAACUCGCUACACACGCAGCACCAAAUGCUGAAGAAUCAACAUGAAGAGCUGAAGAAGCAGUUCUAUACGCUGCAGGACCAGCAUCACGCUCAGGGUGAAGAACACAAUAAGGUUCUGGAUGAACAUCAGCAGAGAUACGAACAAUUACAGCAGACUAAAGAUAUUGAAAUAUCUAAACUCAAAGAAAGUACAUAUAAUCUACGGGAGGAGAACCGGCAGCUGAGGAAGGCUCAUCAGGAGAUGCAUGUGCAGCUUCAGGAUACGAGGCAACAGCACAAGGACUUAAAAGCAGCCCAUGAUGAGCUUGCAUUGACCUUGGAAGACCACAAGAGUGCGCUAGCUUUGGCUCAGGUCCAAGUAGAUGAGUAUAAGCAGCUGAAGGAGACUCUGAAUAAAAAGCUGAAGCAACCUGAAGAACCUCAACAUGUAGUGACUCAAAACAAAGAACGAGAUGAGCACCGGCAUAGACAGCAGGGGCAGAAAAUCGAAGAGAGAAGUGUAGAAGAAGAACAGGAAGAAGAGAGGAGACAUGAAGGCAUGGAUCAGCCUCAAACAACAGAACAGCAUGAACAGCUUCAUCAUGAAGAAGAAGAAGAAGAAGAGAAAGAGAAAGAACAAAAUCUGCCUGAUGAAAAUGCAUUAGAGAGAGAGAGUCACAUUUCCCAGCCGGUGAGUGCUACUCAAGGAAACCACAUCAAAUCUGCCUAUGAGCAGCAGCAGGAAGAGCAACGGCGUUUAGCUGCUCGGCUGGAGGAGGAACAGCGGCAGCUGCUUCAGAGACAGGAAGAACUGCAAAGAGAAAGGGAGGAGAGAGAACGGAGCGAGAGAGAGAGGGAGGAGAAAGAACGGCUGGAAAAGGAAAGGGAGGAAAGAGAAAGGCUGGAGCGGGAGAGGGAGGAAAGUGAACGGAUAGAAAGAGAGAAGGAGGAGAGAAGACAGAGAGAAGAGCAGCAGCACCAUGAACAGCAGCUCCAGGAGGAACUGCUCAGGAAAAAAUCAGUGUCUGCAAAUCUGAAGCCUGGCGCUAUCCACCAUGAUGAAGAGAAUAAUGCCAACCAUGAGGAAGUGCAAGAUCAAGAGGAAGACAAGCAAGUGCAUCAUGAAGAGCAAACCAUGGAGGCGGACAUCGAUCCAGCAGACGAUCCCAACAAUCAAGGAGAGGAUGAGUUCGAGGAAGCUGAGCAGCAGGUCCACGAGGAAGAGGAGGAUGAAGAGCCGGUGGCACCUGGACAUGCUAAUCCGCACUUAAUGAAAGAGAAUCAGCAGCAAGCUCAUGCUGAUGAACAGCUGGUGAUGGCAGGAAACCCAGACCAGCAGGAAGACAAUUUGGACGAGCAAUAUCAAGAAGAUGGAGAAGAGGAGGCUCAGGAAGAUCUGGCUGUGGAGAAAAAACAGGGAGGAAGAGGAGAGGAAGAGGCAGAUCCUUAUACAGAGGAGAAUGGAGAACAGGAUGACGCUAGAGAGCAGGAGGACGCAGGGCCUGAGAAACAGCCUGCCAGAAGACCUAAUGAAGACGAGAACUACGAGGAGGAAGAGGAGGAGCCAGAGGAAGAGGCCAAUCACAGGGCAGAGAUGUGAGCCGUAUCCUUGUGUACUUUUAUUUGUGUACCAGGAUUAAACUGUUUGAAGCGGCGAUUCCACUGGAACGAUCGCCUUCUUUCGCGGUGGGACACCCUCGAGCUUGACAAACUAGACUGAUCAAAAUCUGCUGAUCUGGUUAAAUAUAUUUCUGUUCACUGUGCCUUUUUUUUUUUUGCUAAUUUGUAAAUGGAAAAAGCUGAAAUUGUUCUGUUUUUAAACAGAAAUUAAAAUUUUUUAGAACAACGCUGUAGACAGAGACUUUAUGAUCAGAGUGCCAUUUUUAAAAUAUCAAAUAUUUAUAUGCUUAUAUACUGUAUGUAACAUGUCUUGUAAUUUUUUAAACCUUGUUAUAUGGCUGGAUGUCUCUGAAAAUGGACCGUUUAUCUUUAUAAGAGUAUUGUUAGUGUCACUACAUGAAUGUUUUGUAAUUGUUGGCAGGUGGACGUGGCUCAUGAUAUUUUUUUAUUUUGUUUUAUCUUUAUAAGUAUUGAAUAAUUUUUUGGGGGGGAUAAUUUUAUAUACAUGAAGAAAAUAUUCAGAGCUCCUAGAACCUAGUGUAGAGCCACUUGGAUUGAAGAUAUUUGAAAUAGAAAUUUGAAUGUUGUAUUUCUCAUGGACUUUUGGACUUUUGGACUUUUUUUCUUAUAAUUUCAGAUAGUGUUGUAUGUUGGAUUUGGAUUAUACUGAACAUUUACUGCAGUUACUGUGCAAAUAGCGCUGUCAAGUCCCAGGACAACAAAUGAAAAGGCUCAACUUCAUUAUGUGUUCGUUACAUACUGUAGACUCUCAGGCCUUAAUUUACUAAAACGUCCCAAAUAAUGCAUGUGUGCUUUGUUUAUAAGGUAAUAAUUAUUUAUGCACAAUUCAUUCUUAAUAUGAAAUCUCAAUACAUACCUGUUCAAUUACUGAAUAAAAAAAAAAGGCUAAAACGUAAUAAAUGUAAUGUAAGCAUAGUUUUGAAUUUAUGUUAAGUUUGCCAAUAAUUAAAAUAUUUCUUCUGUUUCUUUUUAAAAUCAAUCAAACAUCUUUUUAAUUAGAUAAUUUGUCCAAAUAUUUGAGGUUGAGAUAGAUAAAUAUGUUUGCACACAAAAUGUGUCGCAAUAUGUGUCAAAAUAAUCGCAAUGUGAUUUUUUAAAAAUAUUAAAUUCAUUAUAUAUUUUUUUAUAAAAUCAUGCGGCGCAAGUUUAAAUAGAAAAUCUUCUCACACUCUCCAUUUAAACCCGGUUGCCAUAUUAGGUGUGAGUGUGUAGUAAAGAUGUGAUAGGAAAUAAUAUUUAGUCAUUAGAAACUUAAUAAAUUGGAUUUUUGCUGUUUAUAAUGCUUGGGUACAGUUAAUCUGAGCUUCAUAAGCAACUUACAGGUUUACUAUUUUUGUUUUAGUAAAUCAGGGCCUGAGUGUUUCUGUUAAAUAAUACAAUGCCUGGGCAAAAAAGUUACUGUCUUGAGCCGGGUCAAAUUAUUGACAGGUUUCAAGCAACAACAAUGAAAAAAACUAAGUAGAUUAGGAAUUACUUGAAUUUGGGGUUAAGAACUGUCCAGCACAUUAUUAAAACCUGGAAGGAUAAUGUUGCGACAUCAAACAAAGAAGAGAUGCCCUAUCAUUCGGAGAUCAUGAGUUCGAUCCCCGGGUGAUGCUGUAACCUCCCGCAGCUGGAGGCCUAGAGACAACUGAUUGGCCGAGCUCUCUAAGAGGGGAGGGAAGAGAGGUACUUGGUGCUCCCUCAUUAAUAACGGCUCUACAGUCAAUCAGGGGCACCUGUGCAAGCGAAAGGAGCAGAUAGGGCUGUCCUUCAACGAUGCGUGAGCGAGCAGUUCGAAAAAAUGUGGUCGGCUGGCGUGAAUGGUAGUAGUAGCUUAAUGUGGGAGCCCCCCCAAAAAAACAAAAAAGAAAGAAAUGUGGUCAGAAAAAAAAUAAGUCAUGAAUGGUGAUAGUUUAAACGCCAGGUGAAGUCACAUCGUAAAAAAUCGACAGUAGAAAUGACAGGCUUGUUUAAUAGUUAACGUAAGAGCAUUUCUACACUCUUACUCUAAUGGGUAGGGAAAGGCAAUAAAAUGAUUAGAGAGUAUAAAGACUGGACUUUGGAGCAGUGGAAAA